AUGGGAGUUACACCGAUCUCGAUGGUGCAGACGCGCUUGUGGUUCGCCAAGCGGCUGGCGCGGCUCGUGGGCGACGAGAACCACGGCCUCUUCUUCACGCCCGUCUACGCGUUGGCGCUUAACUACGCCCUGACUGUGGCCUACGUUGCCGUUGCUGAGUUCGCCACCCUCCUAACCUUCUACGGCGUCACCGGCUACACCUUCUGCUUACUGACCGUCUUGAUAGGGUAUCAGAGAAUUAUAUUCAGGCAUUCGAUGAGAGAAUCCACCAGCUAG